UUAAUUCAAAUAAUCGAAAGGAAAAAAAACUUAUAGAAAUCCAACCACAUUCGGUGUCCUAGUGCCCUUGGGCAGAUUCAAUAUAUACAAUGUUUCUACAUGUCAAUCAAUUGCACAGUUUAACCCGACCAUGAAUACCCAUCACGCACAAAGGGAAACCACUUCGAAGCAUUUUCGAGUCCCAAAGUACUGCUGUGUUCCUUGAGUACAAAAUAAAAUUAACUCAAGCUUAGCCUCAUAUUAGUGUCUUUGAAAAUCCACAAACACCAACAGUAAAGUAAAGAAUGCACAACUUCUACAAUACAAACACUAUGAAAUUCCACGGACCUUCACUGAAACAUGAAUUUUCCGCACAAAAUCGAGGCUAACCCUGAGCAACAGACAACUCGAAACUAAAGUAUUGGGUUUCAUUUCUGCUCUGCCAAUAUUGAUGCCGGAAUCAUUUCAAUGAUCUCAUCAGCAGAUUUCGUUACCCCACGCAGAAUAUCGAGCUGGCUACUGGAAUCAAAUAAUUUCUGCUCUGCCUAAGACUUUGGCGGAAUACGUGUUAUUGAAAUGAAGAUUACCUUUUGACCUCAUUAAUCCGCCAGAGAAUAUCUCGCUCUGGUUACGAUCUCGACAGGAAUAAAAUGCAAAACGUCCUUUAAGAUCACCCAUUCAAACCGAGACCUGGUAUCAAGAACAUAUCCAUUUUUGGUGUAGUUGCAUGAUGUUAGUCAGAGUCAAGGUUCUUGUGUUAGCGUUUGUGUUGAUCCCAACGAUAUGUCGUGCAUUCCUUUUUCAGCGGAAAUAUACGCGUCCGUCCACUAGGCGUCCUAGGCUUCCUAGGCUUCCUACGUGUCCUCCUGUAGGUCUUCGAGGACCGAAAGGCGAGAAGGGCUUUAAAGGCGCUAAAGGUGACGCAGGGUUACCGGGUCUACACGGUCCAAAAGGAGUUAAAGGUGAUCCUGGUCCUAAGGGACAGGAAGGUCGUGAGGGACCAAAAGGUGAACCUGGUCUAAUGGGACCUCCUGGUGUAAAAGGAAUGGAUGUUUACCUUGGUAUGGAUGGAGACCCUGGUUUGUCAGGGUUUCGUGGUGAACCUGGUAUACCCGGUAAAAAAGGUGCCACUGGUCCUAAGGGACUUCCUGGUUCGGGUUUAAAGACGUAUCCUGGUCCUCCUGGUGAACCUGGUGAACCGGGGGAAAUUGGUUUGCCUGGUGCACACGGUCAAUAUGGUGCUGUUGGUCCUAAAGGCAAUCCUGGUGUACGCGGUAUCAAGGGAUAUCCGGGAUGGCCGGGAAAUCCUGGAGAAAAGGGAGAUGAUGGUAAUCCUGGUGACAAGGGACAAAAAGGUCUUCCUGGUCAUAAGGGAGACACUGGUUACCCAGGAAGAAAAGGUGCAUCAGGUCCUAAGGGAUCUCCUGGUGUACCAGGGAAAGAUGGUACUCCUGGUGUACCUGGUAGAGAUGGUCCUCCUGGUCCAGUUCCUACACUAAAGUGCAUCCAAGUACAGACCGAUGGAAACAAUGCCAACUGCCCUCCUGGCUACAAAGUUAUUGGUUGUGCUUGUGGGAAGAACUGUGGCUCAUGGGCAAUGCAAAAUAAUUUCACUCAGUGUUCCUGUUAUCUCAGCUGUAACUCAGGCAAACCACUCGACUGGACCAGGGCAAUUUGUUGUCAAAUAUCUGCUGUGGUAACUGGUACCAUUUCUGCACAAUAAUGACACUCCCUCAGAAUCUCAUCCAUAUAGAUGAUCAGUAGUAUCUAAUAGUAAACCUUAAGAUAGAUACCAGUUUUUCUGAACCUGCUCUUCUUUGUCUAACAGUUGUACAGUAUAGAUUUACAAGAUCUUUAGCAACUUUUUUAUUUCCUGUGCAAUAAAGUUUAUGUCAGUAUAAA